AUGACGUCCCCUCCCGGUGCCACCAGUGCCCUCUCCCGUGCCUCCACGAGCGUCUCCGGUGUCACCGGCGCCUCCUCCGGUGUCACCAGCGCCCUGCCCGGCCCCGUUUGCCGGUGUGUCCCCCCCCCACUCACCGCCCGCUCCCGCCGCAGCCACCGCAACCUGUUACCUUCGCUCAGGCCCCGCCCAUCGCCACUGAUUAGCCGGCGCAACCACAAACCCCGCCCAACGGGCGCGGCCCCGUACGACAAGCCCCGCCCAUCACCGCACCGGUGCUGCGUCACGUGGUGGUGCCGCCAUCUUCAGGAGGGAACCGGCCGGUGUUUUCGCCACGUUCAAGAUGGCUCGCCGCCGCCGUUCUGGGCCGGGGGCCCGGCCCCGGGACAAACGUACAUCCCCCGGGCUCUGGGACACACCGACAUCGCUCCCCGGGGCACCGACCGGCCCGCCGCGCUGCCCGCCGGCCGCACGCUGAGCCCGAUGGUGACCGGGACGUCGGUGCUGGGGCUGAAGUUCUCCGGGGGGGUGAUGCUGGCCGCAGACACGGUGGGAUCCUUUGGAUCCCUGGCACGGUUCCGGGGCAUCUCCCGGCUCCUCAAGGUCAACGACUCCACCGUGCUCGGAGCCUCCGGGGACCUGGCAGAUUUCCAGCACCUGCGGCAGCUCCUGGAGCAGAUGGUGAUCGACGAGGAGCUGCUGGGGGACGGGCACAGCUACAGCCCGCGGGCGCUGCACUCGUGGCUGACGCGGGUCCUGUACAACCGGCGCUCCAAGAUCAACCCACUCUGGAACACCGUGCUCAUCGCCGGCGUCUACGGCGGGGAGAGUUUCCUGGGAUAUGUGGACAUGCUGGGCGUGGCCUACGAGGCGCCGUCGUUGGCCACGGGAUUCGGGGCUUACCUGGCCCAGCCGCUGCUGCGGGCGGAGCUGGAGCGGGACCGGGACCGGCUCCCGACGCGGGAGGAGGCGCGGGAGCUGCUGGAGCGCUGCCUGAAGGUGCUCUACUACAGAGACGCUCGCUCCUUCAACAGGUACGAGGUCGCCACAGUGACGGAGAAGGGCGUGGAGCUGGAGGGACUGACCCUGGAGGCCAACUGGGACAUCGCCCACGUGGUCAGAGGUUUCGAGUGAUCUCCAGGAGCUGCUCCGGCCUCGUCAAAUCCCCAUUUUUAUCCAUCCCUUCCUUCCCUCUGGAAUGGCAAAUCUGCCAUUUUUUGGGAAUAAAAUCGAUCGUUUAAGACCAA